AUCAGGUGACAGCGUGAGGCGACAGCAGGACUCGAUGAGCGCGAGCGUGAGUCCAGCGACGCGUUUGAAAAUCGUUGAAUUUAAACAAUGAUUUCAAGAUCGUCGCUGGUUUUAUUUGCAGUUUUCUGCUUUGGUUUAUGCGAUGAUGGCCAUGAAAUGGAAGAGUUUUUAAAGAGAGAGUACUCCCUGUCCAAACCUUACCAGGGUGUGGGCGUCUCGGGCUCGUCUCAUUGGGAGUUGAUGGGAGAUGCUCUGAUCACUACGGAUCAUGUUCGUCUCACUCCAGAUCAGCAGAGCAAACAGGGAGCCAUAUGGAGCCGAAUGCCAUGUCACCUGAGGGAUUGGGAACUACAGGUUCACUUUAAGGUUCACGGUCGAGGGAAGAAGAAUCUGAACGGUGACGGUCUGGCGGUCUGGUACACGAAGGAGCGCAUGAGGAAAGGUCCAGUGUUCGGGAACCGGGAUUUCUUCACUGGACUCGGUGUGUUUGUGGACACGUAUCCCAACGAGGAGAAACUUCUGGAGGCUCAGAGGAAGCGAUACACGCCACGCACGCAGCGUAUCUUCCCGUACGUGCUAGCUAUGGUAGGCAACGGCUCGAUCAGCUACGACCACGAUCGGGACGGGCGGCCCUCAGAACUGGGCGGCUGCAGCGCGACGGUGCGAAACCUGAAGCACGACAGCUUUCUGUUCAUCCGAUACGUGCGCCGCAGACUCACGAUCAUGCUGGAUAUCGACGGGCAGCACGAGUGGAGAGAUUGCCUGGAUGUUCCCGGGGUCCGUCUGCCGCAGGGCUUCUACUUCGGAGCGUCAGCCGUCACUGGAGAUCUGUCAGAUAACCAUGACCUGAUCUCCAUGAAGCUGUACCAGCUGACGGUCCUGCGCAGCAAACAGGAGGACGAGGAGCAGGAGGAGGUUCUGGUUCCCAGCGUCGACAACAUGGAGCUCCUGAGACCGUACGCAGACGAGGAGGGCAUGAGCAGCAUCAGUAUCUUCUUCUGUGUGCUCUUCUCCAUGCUGGGAGUGUUUCUGCUGGUGGUGGUGGGACUGGUUCUGUACGGGCACUGGAGCGAAAGCCGGCGCAAGCGUUUCUACUGACACACACACACACACACACACACACACUCUGUUGAGGCUAAUAACCUCAGCAAUGAACAAUCGACCUGUCGUCAUGAUGAUGACGAUGAUGAAGAUGUGAUGGGCAUCACGAGUCUCGGAUGUGAAUGUCUUUCUCAAACUCCUGCUGCCUUCAUUCUUUCCUCCAGUGCUAUAUUUAUUGUAUAUUAUAUAUUUAUUAAUUGUUUGUACAGGACGUCUAACAUCUUGUCAUCUGUCCAGAUUCAGAUGGGAAAUGUGAGGAGCCCAUGGAAUCAGAAUUAACGUUUUGUUGAUUUUUGUCUCUCUGUUAUCUGUACGCCACUGUUGAGUCACUGGUGAUUCACACACACACACACACACACACACACACACACACACACGGGUAAUCCGCUCAGGACACCAGUCCCGUCUGUCAUGGAAUCAAAGAUCAAUUUUCAGGAUCCGCGGUUCAUGUAUCUCACAUUUAUAGUUAAAAGUAAAUGUUGAAAAUCUAUAAAAACAUGCUUGAUAUUUCCAUGCAUUAUUAGGAACCUCUGAAGUUUGAUACUGAACUCGUGAUGGAUAAGACAUCUCUUCAUUUACUGCUACACACAUAACGGUCAGAUGAUUUACGUCAUGCUAAUGCAGUUCCACAAACGCCAACAUAACGUUUGAGUCUAUUUAAAAGAACGUUGUGGUCAAUUGUAGGGUUAGUCAAAUGGUAUAUAUGUAAAUAGGUACAUCAGAAACACAGAGACGACUGAGUGCCAAAGCUGGUUUAUUGUUUUUAUUACAAAAAUAAAAUACAAAUGACUAUAGACACAGCAGACGUCUUACUAAAUAACGCGUCAGUAGAAACGCCACACGGCUGUCAGUGCUGCAAUUACACACCAAACACGGCUGUAGGUCUGAGCAUCUUCAUCAUCAUCAUCAUCUGCAGUACGCAACCCUGACGGACGCUCAGAUGUGCAUUACACACCUCAGCUCCACGAUAAGAAACGAGUAUGAAGUCCGAACACCUCGACGUGCUUUACAGAAGAGCUGGCGCUGUGAUUCGGCUUGAUGUUAAACGUCACUUAUUAUUAAACACACA